AAUAUCGCAAAAGAGAAGAAAGCUAUUACUGUGACGACGGAACUUAUCGCCGCUGCCCACCACAUUCUGUUUGACGACCGUCUUCACGUUUCCUCCACAACAACAUUACCACGUAUCACAAUACCAGCAAACCAUCACCUCGCACCAACCUCCUCCUAAACCCAUCUCCGAGAGAUACCCUUCUACCUUCACCGCCGUGGUGAGCCACCUUCCCGUGGCAAGACCAACUUUCUUGCCUCGUCGAGACCAGCGGUAGCCAAUUGAUUUUAAGAUACGAGACGAUCAUCGCCCAACAUGGCACAACGAAAACUACAACAGGAAAUCGACAAAUGCUUCAAAAAGGUCGCAGAGGGGUCUCAGGCCUUUGAUGGCAUCUACGAAAAGAUUCAGCAGACCUCAAAUCCUUCGCAAAAGGAGAAACUUGAAGAUGCACUCAAGAGAGAAAUUAAGAAGCUGCAACGGCAGCGGGAUCAGAUCAAGGCAUGGGCGGCAAGCAACGACAUCAAAGAUAAGAAACCGUUAAUAGAACAGCGAAAGCUGAUCGAGAGCGUAUGCGAGAGUCUUGACAAUCCGUCACGGUUUCACAUAAGCUAAUCAUAAAGGUGUAGCAAAUGGAGAAGUUCAAGGCUGUGGAGAAGGAGAUGAAGACGAAAGCAUACUCCAAAGAGGGUCUAUCGGCGGCCGCGAAACUCGAUCCCAAGGAGAAGGAGAAGU